AUGCCAGAAGUAACGGUGCUAGUCCCUCUGCACCCGCCCCACGGCUGUAGGCUGUGCCUCCCCAUACCAAGGGAGUACAGCGACCAUGCGGGCCUGGUCAGGCAUCUUAGGAGAGAGCAUGAGGUGCCGCUUCUCUUUGAGUGUAGGGCCUGUGGACUCGUCCUAGAAAAACUUAAGGCUAUGAAGAUCCACCAGACCCGCUCUGAGGCCUGCAGAGCAAGCAUCGAUGCCGCUUCCCCGCCGCCACCGCUCCCAGCUGACCGUGUUAUCCGGAGAAUACCAAACAGACCGAGGAAAAGCUAUGCUGCGAGAAAACCUCGACCACAGUCCUCGCCCGUCUCCGCUAGUGACCAAUCCCACAUGGACCCUCCAUCACCGGCCUCGCCGCCCUCUCCACCUCAGCGUCGCCCAAGAAGAAGGACCACUAGACCCGUCCGGGCGAGCCCUGAAGUGGAACAGCCAUCUGGGACACCCAGCAACGAAGCGAUCCCUCCAACGCCGACACCAUCCUACGCUGAUGUCCUACGCUCAAGCCCGGCAAGUACCGCACCAACGCCUAGCCGCCGUGACGUCUCAGCUUCACAACCAUCACGUCCCCCAACAGCUACAAGGGACACUCCCCAGCCCUCAACUGGGGACUCUCAGGUAGGCCCACUACCUAUCUCUUCCCCCCCAUCAGGUCCACUUACUAUUACGCAGGAAAUCCGCAAUAGACCUACUACAUCCAACAACCAGCAAGCCGAUGCACCUCCACCAUCAUGGGUAUCAGCAUGGAUCGCCAGAUUUGACGCCGCAAUCGACGAAGACAUCUUGGAGGGAGUUUUGGGAGACUUCAUCACCUUGGCGCAGCAGAUAUGUAAAGUCCACACCCCACCCCAGCAGCAACAACAUCAACCUCGCAACCACCGUAGCUCGAGUGACCGCGACAACAGCUCCCAGCCGGAGGCAGGUGAAAUCCAGCGGCUCUAUCGAGCCAACCGUAAGCGCGCCUUCGACCGCGUCGUCGGCGGCCCCUCCCGUUUCUGCCGAAUAGACGCCAAAUCCAUCGAGGACCAUUACCGGGAGAUGUAUAAAGCUACAACACCUACUGACAUCGCUCCAGUUCCAGUACGACCAUGCACGCCUCCUGACACCAACAACCCUUUCGAGGCCCCUUUCACCCCCCAAGAGGUAGCCCGACGCAUCUCCAAAGGCCACAACACUGCACCUGGCCCAGAUAGGCUUAGAUACCUGCACUGGAGGCGGGUCGACCCAAAAGGACUAAUCACGGCAGCCAUCUUCAACGCCGUACGCAGAAUAGGAUAUGUUCCCAGCAGCUGGAAGAUUUUGACCACUGUGCUUAUACACAAGAAGGGUGAGGUCUCCAACAUCAGCAACUGGCGCCCGAUCUGCCUCUCCAACACGCUCGGCAAGCUCUACACCGCUUGCCUUGCCGAUAGACUGCUAUGCUGGUGUAACACUAACAACCGCCUAUCUCCUUCACAAAAAGGGUUUUUAAAUUAUCAGGGCUGCAUUGAGCACAACUUUGUGCUCCAAUCUGUUAUUCAAAACGCCCGGCGCUGCAGGAAAGACUGCUUUAUCGCUUGGCUGGAUAUUGCCAAUGCGUUCGGCAAUAUCCCCCAUGCGACCCUCUGGGAAUCCCUCAAGUGGCACGGCCUCCAUCAAGAUGCAAUCUGCGUGCUACAACAGCUCUAUGAUGGGUCGUCCACUCAGGUUCGUACCAGUAUGGGCCUCACUGAGCCCAUCCCAAUGCAAUCUGGGGUCAAGCAGGGCUGCCCCAUCAGCCCGUUGCUUUUUAUUCUUGCAGUUGAACCAGCCAUACGCCGCAUUGUGGACCUCGACAAAGGGUACUCUCUUAACGGCUACCCAACCAGUGUCUUGGCAUACGCCGACGACAUUGCUCUCAUAAGUGACACAGCAGAAGGCCUCCAAAUGCAACUAGACGCCAUUGCAGACUGGACUAAUUGGGCGAACAUCAACUUCAACACUGCCAAAUGUGGGACUCUCAGCAUUAAAGGUAAGGAACACGCCACUAGUAAUAACUCCUUCCUUCUCAAUCAACAGACUAUCCCCGUCUUGGGCAACGACGAUGCCUACCGCCACCUUGGUGUUCCCACAGGCUUUGGUAAACACGACACCCCUACCGCAACUACCGAUGGAAUUCUGCAGUCAUUGGUAAAGCUGCACACCUCUAAGCUGGCGCCGUGGCAGAAGGUGGACGCACUGAACACCUUCAUCAUGCCCAAGCUCACCUUCUGCCUAACGGCCGGGACAACACCUAAAAGCACGCUUACCAAAAUUGACAGGGCCACAAAGCGCUAUGUCAAAAAAUGGCUUGGCCUCCCACAACGGGCCAGCCCCGAAAUAGUGCACCUCCCCUACAUGUGUGGCGGGACCAAUGUUACGCCCACAAAUCAACUGGCUGAUAUCGCUCAGGUGUCUCAUGCGAUGCACCUUUUUUUCUCCAAAGACCCCAACAUCACAGGCAUCGCCAUAAAAGCACUCACCGAGGUCAUCAACAAGCGUAUAGGUAGGACCCCCAACGACGAAGACUUAUGCCAAUACCUCAACGGGUCAAUGGUUGGCGACUUUGGGCUACCAAGCACUGACAUUACAUCAUUGUGGACGAGGCUCCGAAUGGCCACGAGACGUUUAAAGAAACGCAUCAACAUCACCUGGACAGUCGGACCCGGAAAUCUGCCCAACAUCUCAGCAGGUACUACGCUAAUCCGUCCAGAGGACUGCCAGAGGGUCCUCUGCGGCCUUCUAAAAGAACACUUCCUCGGAAAGCUGCUUGCUAAACCUGAUCAAGGAAAAGCAUACAAAGUGACAUCAUUCAGUCCGGUAAGUAACCAUUUCAUAAACAACGGAAAAUAUACUCGAUUUUCCGACUGGUACUUCAUCCAUCGGGCGAGGAUGAGUGUGGUGGCUCUCCGCGGACAUAGACGCUUUGGCAACGACACCAAACGUUGCAGGAGAUGCGGCUAUGUCCGGGAGACCCUAGCCCACGUCCUCUGCCACUGUCCACCAAAUCUGCAUAUCAUCACGCAAAGGCACAACGCCAUACUCAACCGUCUAGUGGCAGCAUUCAAACCCGAAGGAGCCACUGUACUCGUCAACCAACGUGUACCGGGGUUCAGCGACAUCUGUCGACCAGAUAUGGUGAUCAUUGACGAAAAAUCAAAAUCAGCCACAAUCAUCGAUGUCACGACGCCUUUUGAGAACGAACAGACCGCCUUCCAGCUUGCGAGAGAGGAAAAACUACGCAAAUAUGCUCCCCUUGCACAGCACUUCCGCCAGCAAGGCUUCGACACCCACAUCAGUGCUUUUAUUGUCGGAGCUCUCGGUGGAUAUGACCACGCCAACGAGGCAACCUUGCAGCGGCUUGGCAUCAGUCGUCACUAUGCCAAACUUAUGAAAAAACUAAUGGUUAGUGACUCUAUAAAAUGGAGUAACGACAUCUACAGAGGACACAUCGGCGAUACCCGCCAGCAUCGUACAACAUCGCUCCCGCCCAGCAACAACUAA